AUAUCUGAACCGAAUGAGUUUGACAUCAUGCUUGUAAUGCCUGUUGAAAGACUUCAGCUGGAUGAAUGUGAUGACACUGGAGCUUAUUAUUAUCUAAAAUUCAAAAGAAAUCCAAAAGAGAAAUAUUUGUUGAAGUUUUUGGAUAAUGAUGGGAAAUUAUCAGCCUUUAAAAUGCUUCAAGCACUAAGAGAAAUUAUUAGACAGGAACUAAAAAACAUUACAGGUGUGGAAAUAACUCUGCAAAAGAAAAAGGCUGGAAGCCCUGCCAUAACUCUUCAGAUCAGAAACCCUCCAGCAGAAAUAUCAGUGGACAUCAUCUUGACUUUGAAAGUUCAGCAGAGCUGGCCCCCCAGCACGCAGGAUGGCCUCAGAAUUGAAGAAUGGCUGGGAAGAAAAGUCAGGGGAGAGUUCAGAAAUAAACCGCUUUAUUUAGUUGCCAAACAAAACAAAAAGGAAAAGGUUCUAAGAGGAGACACCUGGCGACUCUCUUUCUCCCAUAUUGAGAAGGCCAUGCUGAACAACCACGGCAGCUCCAAGACGUGUUGCGAAUCCGAUGGACUGAAGUGCUGUAGGAAGGGUUGUCUGAAGCUUCUGAAGUAUCUUCUAGAGCAACUUAAAGUGAAACAUACAAAACAGUUGGAAAAAAUCUGUUCAUAUCACAUUAAAACUGCUUUUUUCCACUCGUGUGUCGUGUGGCCGAACGACACAGACUGGCAUUCAGGGGACCUGGAUCACUGCUUUCAGAAAUAUCUGGGAUAUUUUCUGGAUUGCCUGCAAAAGGUUCAGCUGCCACACUUUUUUAUUCCUCAGUACAACUUACUCAGCCGGGAAGAUAAAGCGAGUAGCGACUUCCUUUCAAGACAAAUAAACUAUCAGCUGAACAACGGGUUCCCGAUAUUUUACGAGACGUUGUGA